AUGUCUCGAAAGGGCGUCGGGCUCGCGGCCUUUGACCGCUCGCGCCUCACCUCGGCCCAGUACGCGAGCCACGGGUCGACACUGCGGUCGGCCAACGCGCAGGCCCUCGAGACGCAGCUGGCCGUCUUCCGCUCGCUGCUGCAGCAGUUCGCCCAGACGCACGCAAAGGACAUCCGCUCGAACCCGACCUUCCGCGCCCAGUUCGCCCGCAUGUGCGCCGCCAUCGGCGUCGACCCGCUCGCGAGCAGCAGCAGCAGCAGCUCGUCCUCGGCGGGCGGGGGCGGGUCCAUCUGGGCGCAGCUGCUGGGGAGGUCGGUCAACGAUUUCUACUUUGAGCUGGCCGUUCGCGUCGUCGAGGUCUGCAGCGAGACGAGGGGCGAGAACGGCGGCCUGAUUGAGCUGAAGAAGGUGAGGGAGCGGAUCAUGCGGGGCCGGAUGGAGGGGGCGUCGGAAAUUACCGAAGAUGAUAUCCUUCGAGCCGUGGGCACGCUCAAACCGCUGGGCUCGGCCUACUCCAUCAUCACGGUCGGCAGCAAGCCCUACAUCCGGUCGGUGCCCAAGGAGCUCAGCACCGACCAGAGCGCCGUGCUUGAGGCGGCGCAGCUCCUGGGCUACGUGAGCGUCUCGAUGCUGAUGGUCAACCUCAAGUGGACGCGCGCGAGGGCGCAGACGGCGCUGGAGGACCUCAUGGCCGAGGGCAUGCUCUGGGUGGACAAGCAGAGCGAGGAGUGGGAGUACUGGAGCCCUGGCUUCAUGCUGGAGAACCAGGACUUCGCAGGCACGACUGGAUGA